CAUCCUCAGGAAUUUGAAUUUACAUCCUGUUUACUUGUCGUUAAAACAGAAAGUUGGAUUUCUAAACUUCAUAUCUAGAUCUUGUGUUGAUGGAAUCCUAUACUAGUUUUUAGCAGCUAGUCUUGAUGGAUUGCUAUAUUAGUUUUUAGCAGCUAGUCUUGAUGGAUGUCUACACUGGUAGAGAGCGUUCCACAAGUGUUAGAAUAUUAAUGUGAGUCAGGUCUGAUCUGAUUCCACCAGUGUCAGCUGUAAGAGAAGAUGACGUCACAAGUCUGCCUUCUGCUAGGACUGAUGUUGUCUCUCGCAAAAGGAGAGAUCCUAGUCUUCACAUUCGCUGCAAUCAACACAUCUCUGGUCUUUAUUGAGGAUUACUACGGCACAUUAUUUGAUUUUUGUUUCUGUCGAGCGGAUAUUUACUGUGAUUUGAAAUUUAUAAAAGUCAACAGAGAAGAGCUGGGGUACCUUGGCUUAACUCCAGGCAAUUUAACGUGGUUUAAACUAGACAAGGUCGCAAAGGUUCAAGCCGUGCCUGUUGCCUACAGCGCUUCAUACUGUCAGUGGUUUCCGGGCAACCACACGGCCACAUGCGGCCAGCCGUCUGCUGACGUGUACAGCAAGCACGUGAAUGACGUCAACAGGUGUAUUUCAGUGUGGACCAAGGACGGCCGGUACUGCCAGAACGGCAUAAAUUUGGUCAUGUGGAACUUUGACUUCUUUACCAACUUCAGGGAUUCUAAAGCUCUUUACCUGGGUGUCUGUAUGGCGCUAAUGUCGUACGCGUCUAUGGUGGACGAACGGUCUCCCAUCAAGUACGCUCCUCAGGUGGCCGAGGCGGCUUUGGCUGGGGUCAUAGGUGUAACGAUGUUUGUAUUCGGCAUUGGUCUCUACCUGUACAAGACUGGUCAGCAUCCCAGGUACAGAUACCGUUCAGUGGGGGAGACGGAUCUUGCUCAUGACUGAUCAACACGUGUGUGGGAGAUUUAGUGAGGGUAGACAGCACGUGUG